CACGCAGUAAGAGUAGCAUUUCUGUAUACUAAAUCGUCAAAAGGGGUUUUUUGUUACUUGGCCUUUUCCAUCAGUCCUCUCAGGAAGUGCUUGGGCUUUUCAACAUCGAUACACUUUGCCUAUUGUAUGACAUCAUCUGCUGAAUUAGGUGUUGGAAUACCACACCAUGACAAACUUCUUGCCAGCACUGCCACUGAUAACGCUCAUAUGAAAGCUCAAGCCGACGUUGAGGAGAGCGGUGGACGCUCCGUCUCCACCGAGCUACCGCAACACCACAACCGGUCAUCAUCAAUAGGGGAAGCAGUAUCGGGCACAGUAUCGCAAGGUACUAAUGUCUCGCAGAAACCAUCGCAGACUGGUCAGGCUGAAAAGCAUUCCAGCAAAGAACAAGUCAAGGCACGUAAGGACUCGUCCUCAUCGUCGACCUCAAUACUUCCACCAACGACGAAGGGCUUGCACACUGUCUUCAUACACAAACUGUACAACAUGCUUGAAGAUGACGACCUGAAGCACCUUAUAUGGUGGUCAGGAUCGAACGAAUCGUUCAUAAUUGUGCCCAGCGAGGAGUUCAGCAAGGCCUUGUCACAGUAUUUCAAGCACACCAACGUCGCAUCUUUUGUACGUCAGUUGAAUAUGUAUGGGUUCCAUAAAGUUGGCGAUGGGAACUCUGGGAACAACAAUGAUCAGAAUAUCAACCCCGACAUCACAACGUGGGAGUUCAAACACAGCUCAGGAUGCUUUAGAAAAGGAGAUAUUGAUGGAUUGAAAAGCAUCAAGAGACGCUCGUCUAAGAACCCGUCUACAAAGGGAUAUCAACAGACCUCACAGGCCUUGGAAGCCGGGACAGGCUCAGAUUCAGAGAUUACGUCUUCUGAACGCUCAAACUCCGCUGUGGAGUUACAGGACUCCUAUGUGGAUCCAAUGCUCAACGUGAGACUGGCAGAGUUGGGCCAUAACUUGGCUGCCUUGAGACACGAACACGCCAGGUUACAACUGAGGUACAACACAACAAUGGAGGACUUGAAAACUUCGAAUAUGGAUCUCGUUAACCUGUUGGACUUGACACAGAGACUGGUGACUGUGCAAAUGAAUCAUCCUAGCCAUAAUGGAGCUUCUCUCAAGCAGGAAGAGAGCGAAUCACCAAGAAAAGGAAGGCUAAGCAAUGACCUUGAAGGUAUUCAGAAUGGCCUUUCACAGUUAAGGGCUUCUAUAUUACAACGGGCUGCUGCAAAAGAGCAGUUCGAGCACUUCUCCACUGUAUCGUUUGCACCGCCGGCUCCACAUCCACCUGCGCCUUCAGUAGCGGUGCAUCAACAAGCUGGCCAUCAACAAAACCCGCCAUAUCCAGCUCAGUUCAAUGCUUACCCAUAUCCUUAUCCAGGACCGCAGUACCAGGUGGUACAAGUACCUCCACCACAGGUCAAUGAGGCUGAACAUAUUGUUCACGAUCCAUUCAGUUCGGAGCGUAAGGCAUCAAGAACAUCGAACCGCUCUAGGAACAUGUCUGUGUUUUGCGAUCCACUCCAAGCGCCUCCGCCUGCCUCACCAACGGGGUCAAUUGUGCACCGCUCUUCAGCAUCUGGUCAUGAGAUUGGUGUGCAUUCCCCUGGUGUGUCCUCUGUGCCUCACUUUCAGCUACCUUUUGGUCAUCGUCCAGGCUCGCCAGAUCAGUAUGGUCAACCGCCACUUCAACAGCAGCAUCAGCAACAACCACAACAACAGCCUCAUCAUCUUCAACAACAUCAGCAGUACCAGCACCAGCACCAGCAAGCGCUAUUGGCAUCACCGAGGGCUCCAUACUCAAGGGACCAAAGGCCAGGUUCGUUACCAGGCCACAGCACCUCCUUGAGAAAUGAAAUAGUCACUCGCAAGAGACACUCGUCAAACGACGCUAGUGAUUUCCGGACUGACAUGUUGAAUCCUCCAAGGAGUGUUCCAUCACAGGGGGAAGGUGGCCAAAUUCUGGGGCCAAAGAGGUCAAGCAGUGGCUCAAGCCUUAACUUGUACGGUAAACCGGUUGUUGACUAUGUGUCUAGCCAACAACACUCACAAAAGGACCCAAAUACGAAUCCGUAUGGCGUACACUCUCUUCUAAAUCCAGAGAGACGGGAUAGUGUAUCGGUUAACGAUCAGCCUCCGUUACAGAAGAAAGCUCGGAAUCUUUAGAGGUGAACUACAACGUUGAGGUGCUUCCUCAGCUAAUACACCAAACUCCUAUCCCACAGUGCACCAAGCUUAUGUUUAUUGUAGUCCAACUAUAUUGAAAGCAUAGUGUAAUCCACUAGUGUCAAAGUGUUUGAUCAAAACCUUCUUUCCUCUUGGAUUUGGAAUCGAUACGAUCACACCGUCAACGCAGGUAAAGGUCCUGUCCUCAUUGUCCUCCAUAAUUUCAAUAACAGCUGUGCUUCCCUGGUCUACUGGCUUGUACUCUGUCAACGUGUUUUCAAUAUGAGCACCGUUGAAGUAAGGUUGCGUAACCACUUUUGUCAAUUCAUCCUUUGUCUGAUCCGCAAAGCUCACAUAGUACAAUUCUGGGCUUGCCAAUUGCGACCUUGGGGAAAUACGGUAAGCCUUCUCCAAAUAUGGUGUAGCGACGAAAUCGAUAUAAGCAUGUUGCUCACGAGCUGUGAAAGGCUCGACUUCACCAUUUGGCCUCUUUA